CUCCUCCUCGUCGUCGAUACGUGAGGAACUGUGGAUUGGUGGUGUAGGACCUCGGCCCCAGGAGUGGCCCGGGGGUUACCCUGGGGACCUCGGGGAAUCGUUGGCGCGAGGACGAGGCAGCUAAGAACGACGAAGGACACGGGAGGCGGAGGAGGAGGCCGCUAUGAACGCCAGCGUCAACAUCGAGAGGAACUCCUGGCGGCUGCCUCCCGACGAGACCGUCCAGGUCGCCGAUCCCCGUUCAAAAUCAGCCCAGGUAAAAGAGGAUCUAACGUACGCGGAGGGUGGCCACAACUGGCGAAGCAUAAUCUUCUCGCUUUUGGUCAUCGGCUUCGUUAUCGCAGGGAUCGUCACGGCCAUUUACCUCCUCGGGUACGUGGACGAGCUGUUGUACUGGAGCGGCAGGCGGCUCACGUUAGACGAGUGCCUUCGUGAUGAUCUGACGCCGCACAGGUUAACACCGACCUGGAUAACCCACGACAAGUUUGUCUACCAGGCCGACGACGGUUCCCUCACACUCCUGGACACAAGCAACAAUUCCGUGUCCCUUCUCGUCUCUAAUCACACGCUCAGACAGCUGAACGUCCAAGGCUACCAGUGCAGCGCCGAUCUGCGUUACGUGUUGUUCAAGCACAAUGUCAAACCGGUGUACAGGAAUACGUUCACCGCUUACUACACAGUCUACGACGUCACGAACGACCACCACACGCCUCUCCGUCUGCACACGUCGCGGGGGAUGCAGCAAACGCGGCUGCAACACGCCGCCUGGUUGGGCAACACGUCCGGCAUCCUGAUGAUAUCCGAGAACGACAUCUACGUGAGGAUAGCGCCCUCGGCGGCAGAGGACGCGAGGAUAACCGACACAGGUUUGCCCGGGGUGAUUUACAACGGGGUGCCGGACUGGUUGUAUCAGGAGGAAGUGUUGCCGCGGCCGGAGGCAGCCUGGCCCAGCUCGGACGGCACGCAUCUCCUCUUCGCCUCGUUCAACGACACCAAGGUCACUGCCCUGGUUCCUUGGUUCAGCACGCAACCGGGUCAGGAUGGGCCGAGCUCCAGCCCCCUGUUCACGCCUAGGAGAGGCUCCUUCCCGCCCUCGAGGUCCGUCAGAUACCCCACUCCCGGCUCGCCCAAUCCCGAGGUCGAACUGUGGAUCAUGGAGCUCGGCAACUUGACCAACUCGAUCAAUGGAACAGCCAACUCGACGAGCCUCUCCAGGAUAAGGUUGAAGCCGCCCACCGCUUUGGACGGACAGGAAUAUUAUCUGAUAUCCGCGGGCUGGGUGGGCGACGACUCGACCCAGGUGGCCGUCGUCUGGAUGACCAGGUCGCAGAAUCUCUCGUUGGUGACGGCUUGCCGAGCGCCAAUGUGGGAGUGCGAGGAGACUCAUUCGGAGAGGGCGCCUGAAGGACAGUGGUUAGACGCCCAGCCUCAUCCCCUGUUCGCCCCGGACGGGGACAGCUUUCUACUGCUGGCCGCCGUUCAAGAGGGCGACAAGGAACACUUCACCCACAUCAAACACGUGACCUUGACUCAGCAGAGGAUAGCGGUCUUGUCUCACGGUCGUUACGAGGUGAGCGAAAUCUUAGCGUGGGACACCAAGGCCCAUUUGGUGUACUAUUUGGCCACGAGGGAGAGAAGGCCCGGUCAGAGGCAUCUUUACAUUGUUCGAGACCCCACUGCUGACGAUCCUCGACACCUCGAACCGUUAUGCGUCACGUGCGACCUUGGCGAAGUCCUCUGGAGCAGUAGAUUUUAUUACACUAAUUGCACCCACUUUGGCGCGUCCGUAAGUCCUCCGAUGGAGAACGAGUCAUCUGGCUACUACGUCCUCUACUGCGAAGGUCCGGGCCUCCCUCUGGCCGCUGUGCACCUGAUUACCACCCACAAGAUGAUCCGCGUGUUGUACGACACGAGGAUCCAAAGAGGGGACAAGCUUUCGCAAUUGGCGCUACCAACUCGAAGAAGCUUCGAGGUGUCUCUACCCCAAGGCUGGAAAGCUCAGGUACAAUUGUUGUUGCCACCUUCGUGGCGAGAGGAGUUGAGAGACGCCGCGUUCCCCGUCCUGGUGGAAGUGAACGGUCGGCCGGGCAGCGAGGCGGUGACCGAUCGGUUCAAGAUCGAUUGGGGGACGUACAUGUCCAGCCACAACGACGUGGUCUACGUGAGGCUGGACGUGCGCGGGGCGAGAGGCCAGGGGAAACGUGAUCUGUUCAGAAGGAUCGGCGGUGUCGAAGUUCAGGAUCAAUUGACCGUGUUGAAGCAUCUUCUCAAGACUCUCAAGUACCUGGACGUGACCAGGGUGGGUGUGUGGGGUUGGGGAUACGGCGGCUACGUGACCGCCAUGGUGUUGGGUAGCCAGGAGAACGUGUUCAAGUGUGGCGUCGCUGUGAAUCCUAUCGCCGAUUGGCUCUACUACAAUUCCGCGUUCACGGAGCGAGUCCUUGGCGCUCCUGCAGAGAACUACAAAGGUUACGUGGAGGCUGACCUGACCCAACGCGCCAGGUUGGUGCCCAGCCACAGUCUCUACCUUCUUCAUGGUCUAGCCGACCUCACAGCGCCUUAUACGCACGGUGUCGCCUUCGCUAAGGCUCUGACCGAAGCGGGUAUCAUCUUCAGGUACCAGAGUUACGCGGACGAAGACCACGCCUUGUCAGGCGUGUUGGAACACGCUUAUCGUUCCAUAGAGGACUUCCUCGCAGAGUGCCUCGCCCUGGACGCGUCCUAGUGCCUCAAGCCGAACGCUCCCUCGUUGUCUCUAGCUCGCCUACUUCUGAUACAUCCCAGAUGGAUGUGGAUGCUCGUCAAGAAGGCUCUCGUCGUUCAGGACUAGACUGUUAGCUCGGAUAUAUAUAGGAAAAAAAAAAAAAAAAAAAAAAAAAAGUAAUCAGACGUAACCGCGAGACCUGGUCCUGGAAUGUAAUCCGAUGAAUCGUAUAGCGUGAAACGAACCGAUUAAAAAAGAAAAAGAAAAAGAAAAAAAAAAAUGCUAGUCAGAGCCAGGAGAUGAGGCGUGAACUUAGCGUUUGUAAUAAGUAACCGUUGUAUAUCAGCCACCUGCAUCAGCCUGCGGAUUCCUCUUUGCUACUACCAACAACUUUCACUUUUGCUCUCUCUCUGAAAGCGGACAUUCGAACAUAAUUUCUAGUCUAUAAUCCCCCCUUCUAUCCCGACGGCCAUCCAGAUGGCGCAACUAGCUAGGAUUAUGGCGCGAUUAUGGAUCGCGGCCGGACACGAUUCGAGCACGUGUUGCAGGGUUCGAGGCUCCUCGCGGUUCCUCCUCCUCCAUCCUCGCCUCGAUCGAUCUCUCGCGAAGCAAGAAUCGGUGAAGAAUCGGUGCCGUGCCUCUCGCAAGCUUGCAAGCUCUCAACUCAUUUUUUAUACAGCGAAAAACCUUCGAGACACGGACAUCUAAGCGAACAUCUCGGCGGUAUCGAGCUUAGCGCGAGCUUGCAAGUUCGCGUUUUUUUAUAUCGACACGUACACACGCGCGCAUUCAUCCCGCUCGAGACAUUUGUAUAUCGCUCCGCUUUCCGAGGAUGUCGAGCCUGUGUCGAUGAUAAGCUUGCAAGCACAUCAAUCGCCUUCUUCAUCUCUCUCUCUGUCUUUCUCUCUCUCUCUACGAACGAGUCGCCUUUAGAUCGAAUACAACAGACGCAGAGCUUGCAAGCUCGCGACGUUUUCCCUCUUCGAUUACAUCGGUCUCUACCAUGAUUCCCCCUGUCUCCUGUACCGACGUGACACACGCACAUACAUUUCAUUGGUAGAAACGAAGAACGCCUAGUGUUAAGUUUUGCGUUGUGUACAGCUUCGCCCGCCUAGUCUGUGUGUAUCGUAAUGUUACGCGUGAAGGGGAGGAGAUAGAGAAGAAAAAGGAAGAAAAACAGAGGAGAAGGGAAGGAAUAUUUCCUUCCAUCGCUAUAUAUAUACAUUCAUAAAUACACGCGCACACACGACUCCUUUCCACCGUUUGAUUCCUCGAUAUUUGUAUAUAUCCUCGUGUCUCAUUAAAACGAGUCCCUUGGAAAGCGUUCCCCUUCGACGAGGUGGUUCAAGCGUGUUUCCCGUUUGUCGUUGAUCGUUUGUUGUAUUAUAUAUGGCUAAGUUGUAUACUAUAACACAACACAGUUUCCAGAUUAAAUAAAGUAUCGAUUAAGUAAGUUAAGCGCGACGCGAAGCUUUAGGAUAACCUCGUUCACCUCGUAUACUUUAGCCCGUUCGAAAGGGAGGGACCUCGUCGUCGAGGGCAACGUGUACAUCCCUUCAUCGUAUCUCCUUUCUCUCGAUCGAAAUCCCCCAUCGAUCCUGGGGGGGGGGGGGCUGAAGAGGAUUCAUCGAUCGUAAGAUCGAUGAUCCUAGAGAUCAAAGAUCUGGAAUUCCUUCAGGGAACGCUCGAGAUCAGACGCGGUUGAUGUUGGAGGAUAAUCGUUCGAGAUCGAUCGAUCUUGCGGGACUUCCACGAAUACACUCCUCGGCCCUUCUCGUUACUCGAAAUCGAUCCACCAUAAUUGUAUCUCUAUGUGUCUUUUCAAAUUUGUAUACCGUGAAUCGGAUUAUUCCUAUUCCUAACUCUCUGGAUCAUUCCGGGUAUCCGAAAAGGUGGAGAAGUCUUUUUCGACUCGUAAGUUCGAUCGAGACGGGACAAUUUUUCACGGUUGAUAAAAAGAGAGAGAACUAUAGGAGGAAAAAAAAAAUAAUAAUAAUAAUCGAACAAACUAUAUCGCGCUCGAACGAAGAGAGUCGCACGUCGCCAUAAACGCUGCCUGCCAAGCAGCCCUUAAAUGCCGACAAUCAAGGCUAGUGCAACUAAUCAAACGAUAAUAAAUAGAGAAAAAAAAACGGAGAGGAUGAAGAAAUUUACCUAAUAAUAAUUAAUGAAUUCUUAGAGAUGAGUGAUCGAUGAUGGUUCGUCCACGUGAUUGAUAGGCGUGGCUGAGGACCUCGGCGAUGAUCGAAGGGAUGAAUUAGAAGAGGAUGAUACCCUUCGAUCGUACGAUAGUAGACGUGGCAAAUCGAUUAGAUCGAAAUUACGUGCUUGAUGUCGAUCGUAGAGAGUACAAAAAAAAGUGAAACCGCGCCCGAUCAAGGAAUCUUUCCUCGAGCAUUCGAGAAAUUCGAAUCAACGAAGUGAAUUAAAUCGGAGAUUAAUGGAAAUUAUAGAAGAAAAAUUUGAUGUAUCAGCUUUUCUCGAUCCAAUUUGUUUUGUUACAUAUAUAUAUGUAAAAGAAAGAUUUAAAAUCGUAAAUAAUUGUUCUUGUAAAAAUUAAAAAAGAUGUUUCUUACCUUCUCAAGUUUUUCCACUGUGAUUUUCAUGACGUUGAAUACCGAUAAAAAGAAAUUGAAGUUCUUCUCGAGGAGGGGUUCCUUGAUCGCGCGAGAAGGACAGACACGCAUUAGUGUUAAACCACAUUGUAAAAGUUCAUUUUUCGUGAGUAAUCUUCCUUGAAAGGGAACGUGAAGGAAGAGAGGGAUGAACGGAAGAAAGAUGGAACGAGAGUGGAAGCGAGAAUGAGAGUGAGAGUGAGUGAGAGUGUGCAAAUCGCAAUCAAUUAUUAACUUAUAAUAAACGGCAAAAAAAAAAAAGUGCGGCGAAAAACAUUAAAACGUAGGCGUAUAAGUAUCGGUCUCACGAACACGGCAGGCACGCAAUAAAAA